GUCCGGAGGUGUUCGUUCUGUCCCUGACCAUUUUGUCCCUAGGCAUUUAUAUUUUGGCGUCUAUGGCAUUUUUUAAAUGUAUUUAUUCUACCUGUUUUUUAGUGAUUGCCUCAAUUAGAUCAAUCCUUGUUUGGACACCUUUACUCUGCUUCUUGCCUCGUAUUUUGUUUGUUAAACCUGCAUUUUUUAUCUGUGCGUUGAUCAAACCUUGGAGUUUUUCUGAUUUUUCGUUCGAGAAUUUUACAGACGAAUAA